AUGGAAAAAGAACAAACCGACGAUGAGAUAAAUAUGCCUACUCCCUUAUUUCUUGUGCUAAGUCAUAAGGAAGAUGGUAAAACCCUGACUAAGGUGAGCCCGUUCCUUAUCCACAAAUCUUUAGUAGCCUGUGGAGGGCAACCUAAAUCUACAAGGAAGCUGAGGAAUGGAACUAUCCUGGUGGAGGCUGCAAAUUGCAUCCAAUCCAAGAAGUUCCUUAAAAUCGACCAGGUAGCGAUUACUGUCCAGCCUCAUGCCUCUCUGUACUCUUCCAAGGGAAUCGUUUUCUGUCGAGACCUUAUGGACUGCAGUGAAGAGGAAAUAAAGGUUGAGCUGCAGUGCGAGAUGGUGACUGAUGUGGUCAGGAUUGUUCGGACCGAAAACGGGGUAAAGGUUCCUACCCCGGGUCUUAUUAUAACCUUUGCAAAACCCCAUCCGCCAGAAACCAUCAAAGCCGGUUAUUUGUCUCUGUCUGUGCGGCCGUACUUUAAAAACCCCCAGUGGUGUUUCCGCUGUCAGAGGUUCGGGCUCUCCAGUAAAGUGUGUUUGAACCCAGAGACAUGUUCCCGCUGUGGUGAUGAAGGACACCAAGAGGAGGGGUGCAAAAAUGAGACGCGAUGCAUCAAUUGCAAGGGGAAACAUCCGGCAUACUCAAGAGAGUACCGCACAGUGUUCCUCAUGUACAGUCUUGGAGGGUAUGGUGCGUGCAUUGACUGA